GAGGAAGUCUGUCUCUAGCAGGACAAUCCUUGUGUCCAGAGCAGAGCUCUCUCCAUGUUCUCGUGGCUCUCCUCAUGGCUCCCUGUGAGCCUCCCCAGGCUGUGGCUGUGGGCAUCUUCCCUGGUCCUGACCCUGGGCUUGUUACAACUGACCCGAAUCUUAUCCAGGAGGCAGAAGCUUCUUCAAGGCCUAAAGAGCUUCCCUGGGCCACCCACACACUGGCUCUUUGGGCAUUCCAAGGAGAUGAAGAAGGAAGGUGAAUUGGACAAGGUUCUGUCGUGGGCCAACAUUUACCCCUGUGCACACCAGCUAUGGUUGGGGAAUUUCCUUGGUUUCCUGAACAUCUAUGACCCUGACUACACCAAGGCUGUGUACAGUCGAGGAGAUCCCAAGGCCUUCGACAUAUAUGGUUUCCUCUUACCAUGGACUGGCAUGGGCCUACUGGUUUUGGAUGGGCCCAAGUGGUUUCAGCACCGGAAACUGCUCACCCCUGCCUUUCACUCAGAGGUCCUAAAACCAUAUGUGGACCUGUUUGUGGAGUCUACCAAAGCUAUGCUGAACAAAUGGGAGAAGAAGAUUCAGAAAGACAAGUGUGUGGAUAUCUUCCCAGAUGUGGGUCACAUGGCUCUGGACAGUUUGAUGAAAUGUGUCUUUGGAAGGAGCAGUAGGAGCCAGACACAGAGUGACACCAGAUAUUAUCAGGCCAUCGGGGAACUCACCUUGUUGAUGCAAGAGCGAAUGGCAGCCUUCCAGUAUCACAACGACUUCUUCUACUACUGGUUUACGCAUCAUGGCCGAAAGUUCCUUCAGGCCUGCAAGGUUGCUCAUGACUACACUGACCAGGUGAUUAGGGCCAGAAAGGCUGCGCUGAAGGAGGAGGAGGAGCAGGAGAAGAUUCAAGAGAAGAAACGCCUGGAUUUCCUGGACAUUCUUCUUGGGGCUGUAGAUGAGAGCAAGAUCAACUUGUCAGAUGCAGACCUGCGGGCUGAGGUGGACACAUUCAUGUUUGAAGGUCAUGACACCACCACCAGUGGCAUCUCCUGGUUCCUGUACUGCAUGGCCCUCCACCCAGAGCACCAACAGCGAUGCCGAGAAGAGGUCCAGGACAUCUUGGGAAAUCGUGACACUGUCCAAUGGGAAGACCUGGGGAAAAUGACUUACCUUACCAUGUGCAUCAAGGAGAGUUUCCGCCUAUAUCCUCCAGUGCCCCAGGUUUAUCGGCAGCUCAACAAGCCUGUUACCUUCAUGGAUGGGAAGUCGCUACCUGAAGGCAGCCUGGUCUCUCUCCACAUCUAUGCCCUGCACAGGAACCCAACCGUCUGGGACAAGCCUGAGGUGUUUGACCCCCAGCGCUUCUCUCCAGAGAAUUCCUCUACUCGUCACCCCUAUGCAUUCAUUCCCUUCUCAGCUGGGCCCAGGAACUGCAUUGGGCAGCAGUUUGCCAUGACAGAGAUGAAGACAGUCAUAGCCCUCUGCCUCCUUCACUUUGAGUUUUCUCUGGAGCCCUCCAGGAUGCCCAUCAAACAGCUUCAGCUUGUCCUACGCUCUAAGAAUGGCAUCCACCUUAACUUGAAGAAGCUGAUCUAGGAGGGAGCAGAGCCUGGAGCUCUGUCUUGUGCAUGGUGGGGGAUGGGGGUGGGACAGCGGUGGUGGUGGUAAAGUGGGUUUGCUGAUACAGACUGAACAUGGCUCUGACCUCCUGGGAGCUUAGAAUCCAGUACAGGAAUGAAGAUAGACACCGGCCCUAGGGUGUUGAUUUUUCUCUCUAGUUGGACACAAGAAUAUAGCUAUAUGUGCAAGCAAUUGUUCUACCAGUAUAGGAACAUCUCAUAUCCUAACAUGUUGUAUCAGUUUGGAAGACCUCUUUGUGGUUUGUAGUUCAAACUCUUCAUAUUACAGGGGAGGAAACUGAGGCUCUGAGUUACCCUGCUUUCCUUCAAAGUCUGGUUCAGUGGCCACUCCUACAGGAAGCCCGUAGGACAUUUUAUAUUCCCCAGUAAAAUGGAAGCUCUUUGAGGGCAGGGCCUGAUCCAGUUUUGUCUUUGUCCUUCCAGUACCUAGCAUAGUGCCUAGCAUAGAAGAGAAUCCAGGUAAAUACUUGUGAAAUAAAUUGUGUAGAGAACAGAAUGAACAAAGGCAGAGAGGCUGAAGAGCACUGGGUGUUUGCAGGGUGCAGAGAGUUCAGUUUGGCUGGAGCUUGGAGAACAUGGUGUGUGUAUGUGAGGGUGGUGUUCGGAGGAGGAAUAAUGGUAAUCAAAUAGCUAAAUUUAUAUAUCACUUUAA